UGUAGGAAUUUCCGGUUACGUCAGGGCGUAAGGACUCCAUUAGAGCUGCAGCUGUUUUGAGAGAAACAACAACAAAAACGGGCUAACUGACAGCGCUCCCACAGUGACAGUCCGCUCUGAGCCCGACAACGAGGCCUCAAAUCUGGAAGCUUAACCUUCAUUUCCCACCCGGAGCUCCGCCGGCUUCUAACCACGGCCGCUCUCGGUGAGGAAACUCUGGCCUCCGCUUCCUCCUCCUCCGACUCGGACACCGGCGGAGCGUCGCCGCCCCCGCGGAAGAAGCACCGAGCCUCGGCGGCGGAGGGAGCAGGAGAGUCCGGGGCUUCAGCAGUUGUAACAGGCCUUUCUGGAAUUGUCUUAGGACUUGCGACUCACUCUCCACACUCUCAAGCCACCUCAGCCAUCCACUUUAACCGAAGUGUUGUCAACGACCUCAGCAGCAGUAUGCAGGCAAACGGGGCAGGACAGGGACAAGAAUCUUCAGAUCUUUCCUGCCUUAACAGCGCACAAAACGGGGAGUCAUCCUCGGCUGGCGGAACCCACUCCAAUGGGCUCCUCUCCAGCACAGACAACGGGAAUAGUGUUGGUACCAGUAACGGGUCUUCAACCGGGCCCGGUUCGGGGACUUCGGCUGCCUCUACGGCUUCGGGCUCUGAGGUUGGCUCUCUGAAAAAGAAAAAACGACUAUCGCAGGCGGAGGAAGAUGUCAUACGAUUAAUAGGGCAACAUCUCCACGGACUAGGGCUAAAUCAGACAGUGGACCUGCUGAUGCAGGAAUCAGGCUGCAGACUGGAACACUCCUCAGCUACCAAGUUCCGCAACCAUGUCAUGGAGGGGGAGUGGGACAAGGCUGAGAAUGAUCUCAAUGAGCUGAGAGCACUGAUGCAUUCUCCCAAUGCCAUUGUGCGUAUGAAGUUCCUGCUGCUGCAGCAGAAGUACCUAGAAUAUCUGGAAGAUGGCAAAGUCCUGGAGGCUCUGCAGGUGCUCCGGGGAGAGCUCACGCCACUCAAGUACAACACAGAUCGCAUCCAUGUACUCAGCGGGUACCUCAUGUGUAGCCAUGCUGAGGACCUGAAGGCCAAGGCAGAGUGGGAGGGCAAGGGCACGGCCUCCCGCUGCAGACUGCUGGACAAAUUACAGACGUACCUGCCACCUUCUGUGAUGCUGCCCCCUCGGCGCAUGCAGACCCUGCUGCGGCAAGCAGUGGAGCUGCAGAGGGACCGCUGCCUCUAUCACAACACCAAGCUGGACAGCAGUCUGGACUCGGUCUCUCUCCUCCUCGAUCAUGUCUGCAGCAGGUCGGUACUGCAUAGCCCUCACUGGAAGCAGUUCCCUUGUUACACCCAACAGAUUCUGACAGAGCACUGUAACGAGGUGUGGUUCUGCAAAUUCUCAAACGACGGCACCAAACUAGCCACGGGCUCCAAAGACACUACGGUCAUAAUUUGGCAAGUGGACCCGGAGAGCCACCAGUUGAAGCUGCUGCGAACCCUGGAGGGUCAUGCAUACGGCGUCUCUUACUUAGCCUGGAGUCCCGAUGACACCUACCUGAUCGCCUGUGGACCCGACGACUGCUCUGAGCUGUGGCUCUGGAACGUUCAGACGGGGGAGCUGCGGACCAAAAUGUCCCAGUCCCAUGAAGACAGUCUGACCAGUGUGGCAUGGAACCCAGACGGCAAACGCUUUGUCACCGGAGGGCAGAGGGGACAGUUUUAUCAGUGUGACCUGGACGGUAACUUGUUGGACUCCUGGGAGGGCGUGAGAGUGCAGUGCUUGUGGUGCCUGGGCGAUGGCAGAGCAGUGCUGGCCUCGGACACACACCAACGUAUCCGGGGGUACAACUUUGAGGACCUUACGGACAGAAACAUAGUUCAGGAGGACCACCCUAUCAUGUCUUUUACUGUUUCAAAGAAUGGAAGAUUAGCUUUGUUAAAUGUAGCAACUCAGGGAGUGCACCUGUGGGACCUUCAGGACCGGGUGCUGGUGAGGAAAUACCAAGGUGUGACCCAGGGCUUCUACACAAUCCACUCCUGCUUUGGAGGACACAACGAAGACUUCAUUGCCAGUGGCAGCGAAGACCACAAAGUGUACAUCUGGCACCGGCGUGGUGAACUUCCCAUUGCUGAGCUAACAGGCCACACGCGCACUGUUAACUGUGUGAGCUGGAACCCGGCCAUCCCAGGACUCUUGGCUUCCGCCUCCGAUGACGGCACAGUGCGAGUCUGGGGUCCUGCACCCUUCCUCGACUCACAAGAGGCGGACGGACUCAACGAAAACUGCAGUAACAUGGACAGUUGAUGGUCACUUACGGAGCAGAUGACAUCUCUCUUUAACAACAAUCCAAGAACCCAACAAUAAAACAAAAAUCGAAACGGGCAAAUCAAAUCCAACACCAACCGAAAGCAAGACAAGAAUAACAAACGAAAAAAAAACACCCAAGACAAAAAGAGAAAACAAAAGUGAGAAAAAUGUGUCUCCUGACUGGCCUAGACAAAAACGGUGGAGGUGAUGAUGGAAAAUUCAGGUCCUCAUCCAAAAACCUGAUCCUGACCCAGAGGAAAAAACCAGCGGGGAUUCAACGAGCUGUGACGGCUGUUCUCCUCCUCCAACCGACCCCUUCUUCCCCCCAUCUCGCCGCAUGGUCACCAGCCAUGCCAGGUCCUCGCAGUGUUUUCCAGUAAACCCACCUUCAGUUUGAGCUUGGAGCACAUCAAGUCCCCCGUGAUGCCUCCAGACAGACACCGCAGACCAGCCGUCUAUCAUUGGACUAGAUCUGUCUGCCUGUUUUGUCUCUCACAUUACCUGUAUAAUGUCUCCAUCGAUAUGGGUGGGGUGUUGUUGGGGGAAGUUGGUGCAUAAGGGGGAUAUAGCAACUCUUCUGUAUGUAUGUUUUCCUCUUCCCCACUCUCUUGCUAUAUUCUUCGUAUUUCGAUCCGUUGGACAAAGGCUGAAAAUCCAUCAUAAAAAACAUUUGACCGACCAGCUGACAAAGAACACAGACAAAAAAAAAAGGCUAUGCUAAAUGUUGGAAUUUUUUUAUAAUAGUCAUAGCGUAAUUCUCAUUUAAGAGGUGAAUCUUAGCUCAAGUAGUGCCCGUGGAAAAGCUUCAGCGUGAAGAUUCCACUUUGUGUUUCUCGACUUUAGGAAAAACAAACUUUUUAUUCCUUAAUUUAACUUCUAACAAGGACAGUCGCUGUAAUGUUUUCAGCUGACAGCCCACCCCUCCCCCCAAACCCCUCCUCUGUCGAGCUAGCUACCGCACAACUCUAUAACAUCUGCCCAUGAGGAGAUGGACCGAGGGAUUCACAGGUCACAUAUCAACGGUGAGGGGGUCAGACUGGUGGUGAGGUGGGGUUUCCACUGUCAGGACACAUACUAUGACCUUUUCUCAAAAGACACGCUUUCACAUGUGAAAGAGUUCAAGUGCAACUCGGAUUGCACGCCGGUGACUGCUGUCCCUCCUCUGUGUGUGAGUGUGUAUGUGUAUGUGAGAGUGAGUGAGAGCGAUUAUGCAUGCACACAUUAGUGUAAGAGUUGACAUUUGUGGGUGCAGGUUGUAAUUGCCGCGUGUUUUUUGUACAUGUGUUCAAUUCACACCAGCAGAAGAUUCACCCCCUCUCCGCCUCCUCUCCCCAAUGCUCCUAAUCCCAUAGUAAAAUUGUAAAGAGGAUUUUAAAAUUCUAAGUUAUCCAAAGCCCCAUAGGGACCUCUAUCUGUGGAACAAAGAAUACUUGAGAGCCAUUUUGUAAAGAAAAAAGAAAAAAAACUUUUCUUUAAUCUGGGGCUUUAAUUUUUUACAUUAGAAUUUUUUUUCUCCUUACCGCGUGGCAUUCGAACAGCACUGAGUUAUUGGCAAUGGAUCGUCUGCGGGGAUAAGAGAAAAAAAGGACAUUUAAAUAGAGCAAUUUGAGCGAGGCAUGUUUAAAAAAAGCAAAAAAAAAAAAAAAGCUGUAAAACUGUCGUGUUGUUAGCAAAGGGUCAUUUCAUAUGAGAAGUUUAAUGAUUGUUAAAUAUUGAGCGAGUAGUUAGCGCGGCCCUAGAGAGAAGAGGCACCAAUAACCAGAACCACUCUCUGAGCAUACAGUGAUGGGGAGUGCUGUUGCAAUCUUAAUUUAACACACACACAACUGCCUUCCUGUUCAUACAGUUGCACACAAACCUUCAGUAUGUAUGAAACCCCCCCCCCCCCCCCCCCCCCAACCACUGUACUUUGAGUGGUCUUUUUUUUGCUCACUCACACCUACUGCAAUGGCAUAAAUCCAUAAGCUUCUCAGAGCCUUAUGGUCGCCACACUUGCCGCUCUGAUGGUUUAUAAGGUUGCAUUGGCAAAGACUCUAAACCUAACGGGAGAUCGCUAAAGGAUUUGAACCCUCACUCUGCCUCUAUGCACCCAAAAGCAGUGACUGAUCAUCUUGUAGACAUUAUAAAGCAGAAACCUCGCACGUAUAAGGCAUAGCAGCCUCAUCUCGAGGGUACCACUCUUGGAGUUUCAGAGAAAAUUCAGCAUUACAACCCCCUCCCUCCCUGCGCUCCAGCCAAGUUAUUCAGUGGUCCGUGCACCAUUCAAAGCUUUCUUCCUCCCUUUUUCAGGGUAUGUAAUGACUAUUUGCUACAGACUGAUAUACAGUAAAACAUGUUUAAAAUCAGUGCUUUUCUGUCUGUUUUUAUUGAACUUUUUUGUUACUUAAAUUUUUUGUUCACAUUAUAUCAUUUUUUUUGGUUGACCUCUAUCCCUGUAUGAUCAUAUUAAAAUAUAACCAGACAUUUGGAGUCCUCAUUUCUUUUGUAGUCUUUAUAACCACGCCCCCCCCACCCACCUGUUAUCUUUCUUUUAUAUAUAUUUUGUUUGUUUCUUUGUAUUCAGUUGCAUUUUUAUCUACCACUACUAUUACAAAUGAAUAUGCACAGUAACACCCAUGCCAGCUACAGUUGGAAGAGUUUUUAUUAGGAAGUGUGUUACCUACAAUCAAAUCAGGUUUGAACUUAUCCACCCCUCGCCUUUUAAAAGAGUUUCCUUCAUGUGAAAAUCUACUUUAUCGCAUGUCUGUGUAAUUAAGCAAAAUCUCUCUCUUGGUGUGCCAUUGUUGAUUGACCUGACCCUCAUCGAAGCCAAAUCACUCGCGGCACACUGGUGUUUUCUGUAGGUUAUGUGUGUCACGCUCUGAUAUUCACACUUUAGAAACCUAUCUCUACUCCUGGACUGCAGAAUGGACUCUUCUUCCACACACAAUAUUAUUUCAGAAGACUUGAGGCAAAUCGCACACACUAAAGCCCAACAAGAGUUUCAGUAAAGCCCAUCAUUCACCUGCUGGUGACAAAUGCUAUGUCUGUAUGCAACCUGGUGUUUACUCUUCUUUUGUCUGAGUUUACAAAAAGAGUUGUUUCUGAUUUUAACUAUGUCUUAUUUCAGGUGGUGGGGAGGGGCCGGGUGGGGGAUACUAAGGGCUUACUGUAGCAUCUCUAAGUUCCUUGGCGGGAAGGGGUGAUGUGUGGCUUUGCGUUCAAUGUGUUAUUUACAAAAGUGAUUGUACUGUUUUGUAUUGUUGUGUAGGAAAAGUGUCAUGUAUGCAUAUUUUCAAUAAAGCAUUCAGGGUUUUAAAAAAAAAUAAAAAGGCCCUUGGAAAUUUGAUGGGGUAAGAAAUUGUGUAGACCCCUAAAACAAAGUUUCAGAUACCCAGAAAACCCUUCUCUCCCACCCCUUAAACGCAGAAAGAGGACCCUGAAUCACUGCUUUUGGCAAAGCAUGUGUCCAAGGGUCUCUGGAAAACAAUGGGUUUAAACGUUAUCAUUUAUUUCUAAAUGUCUUUAAAGCUAUUUUGGGGCCAGCAUGUCUGGUAAGAGGCUAUCUUCGAUGCGAUUAGGAAUAAUGACAACAAUUGCCAAUAAAGUGACGUUAUUUUGACUAA